AUGGCGCUUCUGCCUAUGCUGUCAACUAUCAUGCCGUUAUUAAAUGAUUCACAUGGUUUGUCUCAUUCCCGGACCAAGACCCGUGAGAAGCAUCGCAUCCAGAAGCCAACUGCUUUUGAAGCGAACUUCCUCGAUGAUGAGGUGGCUCUAGCCGAAAUGGCUUCCCUCGAGGAGGUCAAUCGCGUCAAGGUGGCUUCUCUCGCAUCACUUUCCAGCGAGGCCUUCCGUGCCGGUAUAUCUCCUCCCUUGGAUCCCGCUUUUAUUGCCGACGAGAAGUUUCUUUCUGGGGACUUGAAUGACUCAGAUGCUUCUAUCGUUGAGAUCUCUUCAGGCUCGGAUUCUGAUGCAUCGUCAACCGAAGACUCUGACGAUGAGGACUCUUCUGCCGAGCUUCCUGACAAGCCCGAGGCCCCUGUGCUGAUCAAAUCAGAGCCCUCCACACCCUCCAAGCCUCAGACCGUUCCGGCUCCCUCGCGCCUCACGUUUACGCCCUUCUCACAAACCCCAGAAGUGUAUUACUCUGACGAUGAGGACGACGAAGAUCAGCCUCCAUCGAAGAAGGAAAUCCUGUCGGAUGAAUCCACAUCUGAAGAUUUCGAGUACUUUCGUGGCGAACUCAAUCUCUUUGAAGAAGACAUUGCUAGUGUCCUUCGAGAUCUCGGAAGCAUCCGAAUUGCUGCGUUUGGCGUCGGAGAGGCCGACAAGCCAGACAAUGCUCUUUGCGCUCCUUACCGUGCCGGCAAGGUGACACUGCGACGUUAUGGUGAGCGGUGCACUAUCAUUAUCCUAGUAGUAGCUGGCGAGACACUCCGUUUCGGUCAGACAAGAGAGAUACUCAUAUGA